CAUGUCUGUCUUGUUCCUCUCAGGGUGGAGCGGUUGGGGAUGUACGGAUAACACUCAGGCCUUCACCUACGGCUUCCAGCUCCUGUCCACCCUCCUCCUGUGUCUCAGUAACCUGAUGUUCCUUCCGCCCGUCCUCAUCGCCCUGCGGGGCCACUACCUCCUGGAAGCUUCCGUCUACAUCUUCACCAUGUUCUUCUCCACGUUCUAUCACGCCUGCGACCAGCCCGGCAUUGUGGUCUUCUGUAUCAUGGAGUACGACGUGCUGCAGUUCUGUGAUUUCCUCGGCUCCCUCAUGUCCGUGUGGGUGACGGUGAUCAGCAUGGCCAGGCUUCAACCAAUCAUCAAACAGGUGUUGUACCUGUUGGGGGCGAUGUUGCUGUCGAUGGCUCUUCAGCUGGAUCGUCAUGGCCUGUGGAACCUGUUGGGGCCCAGUCUGUUCGCUGUUGGGAUCAUGGCCGUCGCCUGGACAUUCCGAACGAUCCGGAGGCGCCACUGCUACCCCCCAACGUGGAAACGAUGGCUCUUCUACCUCUGCCCGGGGACCCUCAUCGCCAGCUCUGCCGUGGCGCUGUACGCCUUUGUGGAGACGGAGGAAAACUACUUCUACAUCCACAGCAUCUGGCACAUGCUGAUCGCCGGCAGCGUCGGCUUCCUCCUUCCACCCCGUGCCAAGCCGGACGGGAGGGUGGCCCCCCUGGCGCGGAGAAAGGGCUGCGGGUAUCAGCUGUGUGUGAACGAGCAGGAGGAACUGGGCCUGGUGGACCCCGGGUCCGUUUCUAUAAACAGCAUCUGCACCAGUUGACACAAGGGGCCCGGAGGUUGGACGAGCGCCAAUCUGGGGGGACGGCGGCGGCGACCGUAGACAGACAAACUGCCUUCACUCUGGCCGGGGACGCCGGCUGGAAGAUCAGUAUUACCUCAUUAUGAAC